GCAGGUGGACGGAAAAUAAUAUUAUGGAGUAGCGCAAGUAGUAAAAGUCUAAUGAGACCACAACUCUAUCACCACUCCUUUAUGUGAAGAUGGAGAAUCAGGAUCACACAUUCUACUUUUUUUUUAACCAGAAAAUAAAAUGGGCAAGCGCGGACGUUGGGGUACCAACAAAAAAGCUGACGCAGGAGCUGCUGACGACAAAGACAAUGCUGCUCUUCCCGUAGAUGCUUCUGCGGCAGUAGAAAUUCUAGACGACAGAAUCCAUUCGAGUUGUAUUCUCUUGCUGCUGUUUCACCACUUGCUCAAUGAGGACAAGCGCGCUGCCUUGGUUCAAUGGAGCCGAGAGCUUGGACUCCAUGGUUGGUCAAAGGCAGGUCAUCCGGGUGUCGUUUUAGUGGGUGGUGCUGAAUAUAAGGCUUGUUACGAACUGGUGAAGAGAUUACGCGAACUAAGAUGGCAGACAAUGGAGGUCAGGUUGGAGAUACGAGGAACUAGGGAGUGGUUUACGAAACUCAUAGCAGCAGGUGCUCCUGGAGGAAGUUCCGGAAGAAUUUCUGAACAAAGUGGAGGUGGAGGAGAAUUAGACGCAAGUGAUGAACAGCGAAUUAGAAGUAGGUUUUUGGCGCGUGGAGCUGGAUCUUCUGGAAAUGCUGCUUCUCGUGGAAGAGCCGGCUUUACCUUUCUAGACUACGCAAUCCUUUCUGCUCCCGGUCUUGACGAAGAAGAUGAUGGAGAUGUUGAAGACUUUGUUCACCUCAGGGGUGAGGGACCGUCUCCUUCUAAAAAGCGAACUAUAUCAUCGAAUAGGAUCGAAAAGUAUGAAGAAAAAGCCCAAGAAUUAAUCGCUAGAUGGAGGAGCUGUAGAGACGCUUAUGACGAAUAUCUACUCUUAAACGCAUUGUGGCCAAAUGCGAGUGGACAAAUAGAUCUCACGGGUCAAAUGCGUGGUCGUGAUGACGGUGUUGCGGUUAAUGGUGUCCGAGAUGGUGCUGGAGGUUUUCAACACAAGGCGGCUCCUAGGACUUCUACUUUCCUAGAAGUAACUCGGUCCAACAGCACUGUUCCCUUCGAAGUCCUUUGUCCUAGACAAAUCUGGAUUUGGAGUGGACUCGAUAAGAGUACGAAAAAUCCUUUACCGGAAUUGCUGCAAAGGCAGUCGCCUGAUAAGUACCUGACUUGGCCAGAGCGAACGCAGUACGUUUUUGAAGACGGGAGUACGGAUACGGUUUUUGUUGGGGUCAGCGAACACUUGUUUCGAGGAAUGACGCCGGCUGAGAAACGAUCCUUGACUGGGGGUGCGAGUGGCUACGAUCACCAGGAUGGGGAAAGCAGUAUGGGGAUGCGGUAGAGUGGAGGGUAGUGUCUGGACUAAUUGAUUAAGAAGAUAAGCAAGAUGAGAAUCAGUGAUGAGCUGAAAGUGAAGGUGUGGCUGGUUUUUUCGAUCAUAAAAGUGACUGCUGAUUCUAAGGAAAUCUUGACUUACUUAGCCUCAGUCGAGUCUAGAUCAUGCUUUGAUCUACAGCAAGCUAAUACUUUACUAACAAAGUAGGAGAGUGCUGACCGAAGUGAUUGGAAAUGUAUCUAACCUGUAUGACCAGGAUGAGUAGUAACUUGUGCUAACACGUAUGAUGCGGUAGAGUUUUAACUUGUACGUAUCGAUCCCCGUCAU